CCGAGUCCUGUGCGCGAGCGCGUGCUCGUGGAUCAGGAAAUAUGGCGGCGCUCACGCCUCUCAGUCAGUUAUCAAGUGGAAACCCUGCGUAUGAGAGCUUCUACAGACAGGUGGAUCCGGGAAGCACUGGGAAAGUUGGCACUUUGUGUCAGAUUUGGGAUCUCAGUGACAUUGACAAAGAUGGACACUUGGAUAAAGAAGAGUUUUCAGUGGCCAUGCACCUGGUUUAUGCAGCUAGAGAGAAGGAGUCUGUGCCAUCCACCCUCCCAUCCGCUCUCAUCCCUCCAUCCAAGCACAAGAAGAUCGCAGGCGCUCUUCCGGGAUCCGUUCCCGUUCUUCCCUCAACCCCGUUCCUGCUAAAUAAGAACCUGAGGCCCACGGCGCUCCUUUCCAAGAGUCCUCUGGGUAGCAGCACAAAUCUGUCUCCGUCACGUCAGCCUCAAACACACACACAGGUGAACACCAGAGCGUUCGUGCUGUGUGUAAACCUGUCGAUCUUGAUCUAACACUCAUAAGACUAGUCAAACUGCAUUCUUAUCCGCUCCUGGAGCUCUAGUCCUCAUUAGAUUUGAUGCAAAAUUCACUUUUACAUGUUGUUCGAACAUAAUGCACACAUUUGUACACAUCCACAAAAUCAAAAUCCACUGUGUUUUUAUUUUCUUUAAUCCUCAUAAAUAAUAUCCUUUUCUCAAAUCAAGCCGUUCUCAGCUUCUUGGCUGAGUGAUGUCGCACAGACCCAGGCUCCUCCCA